AUGUAUAUCAAACCGGUCGCUAUCUCUCUCGCUCUUGCUCAGAUCUCGGGCAUGGCCAUUGCUGCGGGCAGUAUCCAAGAAUACUGGAAGUCCUUCCGCGCUGGUGUCGACCCUCACAACAUUACGCUUCCCAAGAUCCCGCAAACUACCUCGUAUGACGGAGUGGCCGAGUGCACUUACUACACCCCACCUGCCGAACUUCAAUUCAAAGAUUCCGAAUGGCCUACACCUUGGCUUACCGCCACUUCGAACGGUAUGAACACCAGUGCCGAAUUCAAGGCACUGUACAAUUCCAUCGACUGGACGAAAGCUCCCAACAUCCCGGUUCGUCAAUUGUUGCCCGACGGUUCCGUUGACAUGAGCAAGUACGAUGAAGCCAAUGACCCUGACUGCUGGUGGUCGGCUACUACUUGUACCAAGCCCAAGCAUCAGAACGUCAACGAAGAUAUCUACGCUUGUCCUGAACCUGACACUUGGGGUCUCACCUACGAUGACGGUCCCAACUGCUCGCACAAUGCAUUCUACGAUUAUCUCGAAGAACAGAAACUCAAGGCUACCAUGUUCUACAUCGGUUCCAACGUCGUUGACUGGCCCUAUGGUGCUAUGCGCGGUAUGAAGGACGGUCAUCACAUCGCUGAUCACACCUGGUCCCAUCAAUUGAUGACUACUCUCAACAACCAAGAAGUCCUUGCUGAACUCUACUACACUCAAAAGGCUAUCAAGUUGACCACCGGUGUGACUCCCCGUCACUGGCGUCCUGCUUUCGGUGAUGUUGACGAUCGUGUGCGAUGGAUUGCCACUCAAUUGAACUUGACCACCAUUCUCUGGAACCUUGAUACCGAUGACUGGGCCGCUGGUAGCACCAAGCCUCUCGCCACUGUUCAGCAAUCGUAUGAUGACUUUAUCCAGAUGGGCUCCAACGGUACUUUCGGUACCAGCGGUAACAUUGUCUUGACUCACGAAAUUGACAAUACCACCAUGCAACUUGCCGUCGAGAACUUGCCCAAGAUCCAAAAGGCCUACACUCACGUUUUGGAUGUCGCUACUUGUAUGAACAUUACUCAUCCUUACAUGGAAGACACCGUUACUGUCAAGACCUUUGAUGAAGUUGUCGGUGGCAAGAAGGCUUCCACUUCUGGUGCUGCUUCUAGUGCUGCCUCGGCUAGCUCUCAACCCAGCAACGGCGUUGUGAAGGCUGCUUCUGCUUCCGGUUCUCUCUCCAGCUCUAGCUCCAGCUCCAGUGCCGAUGCCUCGCCCUCCAACUCAGCCGCCUUCCAAGUGUCUCCCAACAUGGCUGCUAUGGCUGUGAUGGCUGCGCUCGCUAUUUUCAUCUAA